AUGCGAAACAAGGGAGCAGUGGGAGUUUCCUUCAUGUUCAACCGUUCAUCGUUUGGCUUUAUCAACAGUCACCUGACCUCGGGAAGUGAGAAGAAGCUCAGACGAAAUCAAAACUACACAAACAUCCUGCGAUUUGUGAAUCUGGGGGAUAAGAAGCUCAAUCCGUUUGACAUCACACAUCGCUUCACACACCUCUUCUGGCUUGGGGAUUUGAACUACCGCGUUGAAUUCCCAUCCACAGAAGCUGAAAACAUUGUGACAAAGAUCAGACAGCAGCAGUACCAGGAACUCCUCAGUAGAGACCAGCUCAACACGGAGAGGAAUGAUGGAAAGGUCUUCUUGCAUUUCGAUGAAGAGGAAAUUACUUUUCCACCAACUUAUCGCUUUGAAAGAGACACGCGAGAGAAGUACGCCUACACGAAGGCCAAAGCCACAGGGACAAAGUACAACUUGCCCUCAUGGUGUGACCGGGUCCUUUGGAAGUCGUACCCCCUGGUUCAUGUUGUCUGCCAAGCAUAUGGUUGCACUAAUGACAUCAUGACCAGUGACCACUCACCAUUAUUUGCCUCAUUCGAGGUGGGAGUAGCCUCACAGUUUGUCUCCAAGCAAGACAUGAACAGUGCACCUCAAGGUGGGAUACAGAUCAGGAACUGUAUAGCCACCUUGAUGACCAAAUCAAAGACCAAGUUCUUCAUCGAAUACCAUUCCAGCUGCUUGGAGAAAAAAGUCAAGACUAUAGAAGGAGAGAACAUGGAGAAAUCGGAUGGGUCAAUAAAAGUUUCCUUUAGAAACCAAGUUGAGCUCACCCCUAUCAUCUCUGACCCAGAAUACCUGUUGGACCAGCACAUCCUCAUCUGCGUGAAGUCCACAGACUGCGACGAGUCCUAUGGUGAGGGCUGUGUUGCCCUGAGAGCAGCUCAGUUCUCUUACAGAGAGUUUCAGGUCACACUGACUCACCACGGAGAGAAGACAGGCAUUCUGACAGGCGGCAUCCAGUUACCCACCUCGGAGUGCAAGCCCACUGAGAAGUUAUACGAUUUCAUCAAAAUCGAAAGCUCUGAUGACACUGGCUCCUCAAAAGGCAAAGGCGUUGAUACCAACAAGUUUUCUGUCACACAAUCACAUGAUAUUUCUAACCCCAAUUACAUGGGAAUUUCCUUCAGAAGUGGCAAUGUGGUAGAUAAAGGUUGGAGUUACAGCCUGCCACAGAAAAGUCUUCCAAUCGCUGGCCAAGGGAGCAAAGACACCAAGAAGGGGGGCUAUGAUGUGGGCUCACGAAGCCCCACAGGAAAACAUCUCAAUCCCAUGGGGGAGGAGGAAAAGAUGUCAGGGAUGUUUGACAAUCCGUUAUACGGUUCGAUGGGGAAAUCACGGGGCAAGGACCAAGACCAUCAGCAGAAGGACCUCCUCACACCUCCAGAUCCCAACUUUACAACCUCCAAUGCAGCAGACGGAGACCCUGAUCGUCCCCCGCUGCCCACCCCACGCAACCGCUCCUUCACCUGCUCCGAGACAAAACCCCUGCCUUCCACCACCGUCUCCUCGCAUCCCUCAACAUUCAAGAAACCAGUGGCGCCAUCGCGCUCUGAAGGGGGGAUGGCACAGAGCCGGCCCCCUCUGCCUUCCAAGUCCCGGCCGGGCCUGCCGGAGCCCCAGAACCCCCGAGACUACAGGGAAAGCUCCGAACUCCCCAGCAAACACAGACUGCCUGCAAAACCUGGCCAGCCGCAGCCUCACAAAGACUUGCACCCUGAAGUCACCAAGAUGGGCCGUUCUUUGAAGUGAGGCCGGGCCACAGCAACUGCACGGCUUCCAACUCUGCAUCAUGGGAGCCAGGCCUUCCCCCUGCUAUAUGUAUCACAUACUGUAUGAGUGACUAUUAUUUAGUAACUACGGAAUAUUUCUACAUUUUGUAUGGUGUGCCUUUUCACUUUCUUGCUAAAGAGAGCAAUACCACUUUAAUGUCAGUAUGCUAAAUAUUACGCUAUAGCAAGUUAGCCUAACCUAGCAUGCAAUCUUGUAGUCUAAUAAAAAGUGCUGAGCAACAGAUUUUUCAGACUUAAUUUCUGCUAAGCUUUCAUAAAAAAUAAAAAAUAAAGUUUGGAAAUAUACUGCUUAUAAACAAUUGUGUUGCUUUGGAUGUGGAGUUUCACACUAUAGUAGCUAACGAACGUUACGGCACAGUAUUAUCUGCAUACACAUUAACAUGUUUGCCCUUGAGAUGUCAAAUAUAUGCUCAAAUAAUUUCAAAAUCUCAGCUAAACUGUGUUAUUUAAGAUCUUUUUUUAAACCUGAACUCAUAAUCAUUGCCUGUGACACUUUUAAUAAAAACCUCAGUGAGACCAGUGCUGCAAAACUCAA